AUGGGCGACCGCGUCGUGCUGCCGCCGAGCGUCGAGCCCAAGCACUACGACGUGUCGCUGUCGCUGCGCCUCGAGGAGCACGCCUUCGACGGCGUCUGCGAGAUCGUCGUCGACGUCAAGGAGCCCGUGAGCUCGAUCACGGUGCACGCCAAGGAGCUGACCUUCGCGUCGGCGUCCGUCGACGGCGCGGCGGCCGUCAAGGUCACGGUCGACGAGGAGGCGACGACGGCGACGGCGCUGCUCAUGGGCCCGCUCAAGGUCGGCGAGCACCGGCUCGCGUUCGUCUACUCCGGCGUGCUGAACAACCUCAUGGCGGGCUUCUACCGGUCGACGUACACGGACAUCGACGGCAACAAGAAGCUCAUGGCGUCGACGCAGUUCGAGAGCAUCGACGCGCGGCGCUGCUUCCCCGGCUGGGACGAGCCGCGGCGCAAGGCGACGUUCACGUGCGCGCUCCGGUGCCCGAGCCACAUGACGGCGCUGAGCAACAUGCCCGAGUCGCGGCGGAAGAACCACGGCGACGGCACGACGACGACGUCCUUCAUGGAGUCGCCGCGCAUGUCGACGUACCUGCUCUGCUUCGUCGUCGGCGAGUUCGACCACGUGUCGGCCGUGUCGAAGAACGGCGUCCUGAUCCGCGCGUUCACGCCGCCGGGCAAGCCCGAGCUCGGCGAGUUCGCGCUCCGCUGCGCCGUCAAGUCGCUCGACGCCUACGACGAGACGUUCCAGAUCCCCUACCCGCUGCCCAAGAGCGACAUGGUCGCCAUCCCCGAGUUCGCGGCCGGCGCGAUGGAGAACUGGGGCCUCGUGACGUACCGCGAGGUCGACAUGCUCGUGGACCUGAAGACGGCGUCGAGCCGCCAGCUCCAGCGCGUCGCCGAGGUCGUCAUCCACGAGCUCGCGCACCAGUGGUUCGGCAACCUGGUGACGAUGGAGUGGUGGGAGGACCUCUGGCUCAACGAGGGCUUCGCGACGUGGAUGGAGACGGGCGCGCGUCCGCGGCGUCCGCUCUACCCCGAGUGGUCCAUGUGGGAGCAGUUCAUCACAGACAUGCAGGGCCGCGCGCUGCAGCUCGACGCGCUCCGGUCGUCGCACCCGAUCCAGGUGCCCAUCAAGAACGCCGAGGAGGUCGAGCAGGUCUUCGACGCGAUCUCCUACUGCAAGGGCGGGUCCGUGGUCCGCAUGGUCCACGCCGUCGUCGGCGAGACGGACUUCGUCGGCGGCCUGCGCGCCUCAGCGCGCGCCUACAUGAAGGAGUUCCAGUACGGCAACGCGACGACGGACGACCUGUGGGCGGCGUGGGAGAAGGCGAGCGGCAAGCCCGUGCGCGACAUGAUGAACAACUGGACGAAGCAGACGGGGUUCCCGGUCCUGGAGCUCGAAAAGGUCGAGGCCGACGGGUCGCUCGCGGCGUCGCUCGUGCUGUCGCAGCGCCGCUUCUUCGCCGACGGCGCCGCGGACGACGCGGCCGCGACGUGGACCGUGCCGCUCUUCGCGGCGACGGCGGCGUCGGGCGAGACGUCGCUGGGCCUCAUGCCCGGCAAGGCCGCGACCGUGGCCUUCGGCGGCGCCGCGGGCGCGCCCUACGUGAAGCUGAACGCGGGCCAGCACGCGCCGCUGCGCUGCAAGUACCCCGACGCGAUGAUGCCCGCGUUCGCCGAGGCCAUCCGGCGCCGCGAGCUGCCGCCGGCGGACCGCAUCGGCCUGCUGAGCGACGCCGCGGCGCUGUCGCGCGCCGGCGACCUCGACUUCGCGCUCUACCUCGAGAUCCUCUUCGCCUUCGAGGGCGAGGACGACGCGACGGUCUGGUCGCAGGUCCUGGCGCAGCUCCUCGGCCUCAUCAAGACGCUCCGCGGCGCCGACGACCGCUGCGCGGGCCUCUACGCGGCCUUCAAGAAGCUCGCGAGCGCGGCCCUCAUCGCGCCGACGGUGGCCUCCGUGGGCUGGGACCCGAAGGACGAGGACGCGCACCUCACGAAGAAGCUCCGCGGCGAGGUCAUCUCCGCGCUCCCGUCGUUCUGCGACGACGACGCGGCGGUGCUCGCCGAGGCGACCCGGCGCUUCGACCUCUUCAAGGCCGGCGACAAGGACGCGCUCCCCGCCGAGUACCAGUCCGCGGCCUACAAGCUCGUCCUCGCCGCGGACGCGGGCCGCUACGCCGAGGUCAAGGCGCUCUACGACUCGCUCCCGCUCAACGAGGAGCGCAAGUCGUGCCUCGUCGGCCUCGGCGCCGCGCCGACGCCCGAGCUCCGCGACGCGGCGCUGGACCUCGCCCUCUCGGAGGACGUCAAGCUCCAGGACUUCUUCUACGUCGCGCUCUCGAUGCACGGCUCGUCCGUCGCCGCGCGCGACCACACGUGGGCCCACUUCCGCGAAAACUUCGCCAAGUACCAGGCGAAGAUCGGCGACUCGGGCUCGUCCCUCAUGGACGCCGUCGUCACGGGCGCCUGCUCGGGCUACUCGUCCGAGGCCGCGGCCGCCGAGAUCGUCGCGUUCUUCGACGCGAACCCGCUCCCGCGCAACGAGCGCAAGAUCAGCCAGACCGUCGAGGCCAUCAAGUCCUCGGCCAAGUACGUCGAGACCAUCCUCCAGUCCGACGCCCAGGCCUGGCUCGACGCGAAGCUGAAGGCGCGCUGA